UGUUGACGUGCUGGUGAAGGGUUGUGCUUCGCUCGGCUCCUGGCGCGCCCGUGACCACUCGUGACCUGAGCCCCAGACGUGACCCAACAUGACCUAGUGUCCCCCCAGCCAUGCGUCCCCCCCAUCGCCCCCUCUCCGCCCCCCCGUGAGGCGUGCCCAUGUAGAGAGCUAGGCUGGGCUGUUGUAUCGGCGAGCUGCAAGGAUGGAGUGAGCCGCCAUGCCAGGUCGGGCCGCCACCGCCGCCGCCCUGCCCGAGGAGGGGUCCGGGGUAGUGGUUGAGGGCGGCUCGUAUGGCUUCACAGCCUCCAGGGGCGUUGCCCCCCGGCGCUGGUCCAGCAGCCACAGCCUGCCCGCGCCGUGCUCGCCGCCGCCGCCCCAGCAAGCCCCUGCCCAUGGACGGCCCGCCGUCGCCACCGCCACCGCCGCGCCCCGCCACGAGUACCGCAGCCUGCGCGGCAUCCUGACCAAGCCCGGCACCGACGACUCCCUCCCCAGGCGGCGCGCCUCGGCCCGGGACCACUACGACACCCCCAGGACCCCCAGGGAGUACCCCGACACGGCCAGGUACCCCGCCAGGGACUACCCAGACGGCCACCGGGGCUCCAGAGACUACCAGAAUGGGACCAGGACCGCCAGGGACUACCCGGAUGACCUCGGCACCAGCAGGGACUACCCCGAGACUCCCCGCGGUGCUCGGGACUACACGGACAGCACCAGGAGCACCAGGGACUUCCCGGACAGCACCAGGGCCGGCAAGGACUACCCUGACGCCGCCAAGGGGACCAAGGACUACCCGGGCCCCGCCAGGGAUGGCAGCCUCGGCCACUCCAGGGGCGGCAGGGCCUACACGGACGUGCCCCGGGGCUCCAGGGACUACCAGAACACACGGAUUGGCGUCAGGAGCUACCAGGACGGCACCAGGGCCACCAGGGACCUCGAGCCCAUUCCCAGGUCUUCCUCCAGAGAUUACCAGAACCUGUCCCGGCCGCGGUCCAUCAGGGAGUACCAGGAGCCCAAGCGGGGCGUCAGGCCCUACCAGGAGCCUUCCCGCGCCGACAGGGACUACCAGGACAGGCCGCGGUCCUCCACCAGGGGCUACCAGGACAACCAACGGGGAGGCAAGGCCUACCAGGACGCCUCCAGGACCACCGCCCGGGACUACCAGGACAGCACCAGGGGCUCCCGCAGCAACGGGGACUACCACGAGCCUGUCCGGGCCACCAGAGACCACCACAGCUCCUCCCGGUCCAUCACCAGGGACUACCAGGAUGGGGCCAGGACCACCACUCGGGACUACCCGGACUCCACCCGGACCGCCACCACCCGGGACUACCCAGACACUGCCAGGUCCAGCACGAGGGACUACCCGGACUCCACCCGCGCCGCCACCACCCGGGACUACCCGGACUCGAGCAGGGGGAGUCUGCGGGGCUACCAGGACACGGUCAGGUCCACCCGCAGCUACCAGGACGUGCCGCGCGUAGCCAGGGACCACCAGGACGGGAGCAAGGCGACCAGGGACUACCCGGACGGCGUCAGGGCCACGAAGGGCUACCAGAGCAUACCUCGGGCCGCAAGGGACUACCAGGACGUGGCCAAGAGCAGCAGGGACUACCCGGACGCCGCACGGGGCAGAGGUAGUACCCGGGACACUCUUGGGUCCUCGCGGUCCUUUAGGGACUACCAGGACUCUGCCAGGACUACCAGGGAGGGGACUAGGCUGAGCAAGGACUACCUAGACACCUGUGACUCCUUGCGAACCCUCAAGGGGGAGAAGCUGAAGGAGGAGAAGGAAGAGGAGGAGAAGGAAGAGGGAGGAACAAGCCACUGGGGGGAAGGAGGCGGCGGCAGAGCGGGGCAUCACACAUCCCAUGACCCUUACCGUAGGCAGGGGUCGCCCUCCCCAGCUGACCCCAGACCCCUGCCUCUCCCCCUGGCCCGCACCCCAGGCCAGGACACCCUUGGCCCCUCCCCCUCCUCCCACCCGCCCCACCACCAGCCCUCCCCCACCACGCCUGCCUCACCACCUCCAAACCUCCACAACCACCACCCCACCACCAGCAGCUACCACCACAACCACCACCGCCAGGCCAGUGGCAGCCGGCAGGCCCUGGUGCAGACCCACGCCACGACAGGUUGGAGCCUUGGUGCGGGCUGCUGCCACGCCUGCUGCCAGCGCUGUGGGCAAGUCUGUGGCUGUGACGCCUGCUGCUACUACUGUUGUUGCUGCUGCUGCUGCUGCUGCUGCUGUGGUGGUCGCAAGUGCCGGGACUGCCUGACGCGGGUGCCAUAUGCCACGCUGGUCGCCACAGUGAUGUGCUGCGUGGGCGUGGGUGUGUUCUGCGGCACCAUGCACAGAGGCACGACCUUCACCCUGCGGCUCCUCGAGGAAGUCUUCAACCUGCAGAUCACAUGGAUGGAGCCGGUGCAGCUGACCUUCCUGGUGACGGGCGCGGGCAUGGGUGGCAUAGGGCUCAUGGUGCUGGUGGUGGGCUGCCUCUCCACCGGCAGCACUCGCUACCGCGUCUACCGCACCUGGCACGCGAGGCUGGGCGGCAAGAUUACCUGUGCCAUCUUCAUGGGUGUCAUCUACCUCCUCACCCUGGCCUGGGUCCUGCUUUUUGCCGGGCUGGUCGUGGUCACCGUCUUCUACACGCUGGCCUGGCUCCAGUGUGCCAACCUUCCCAGCAGUGAAUGCAUCGACUACAAUCAGUUCAGUUUUUUGUUUCCUCGCAGCACCAUCGAGGAGGAGAAGCGCGUGUGCUCUGGGGGCAAGAGAAAGCUAUUUUGUAGGGAGUUUGUCUACAACGCGGAGAUUAUGUUUCUUAUGGCCACAGCAUCUGCCUUCCUGGUCAUCCUCUCUCUGGUGCACUAUCUGGUGUGUCUGGCCGCCAACUACGCCCACAUCAAGGACCACGAGAAGCUGAUGGACCUCCACGACAUACAGUUCCUGCACGAGUCUGAGAUGUCCACGCUGCCCAAGGACCGAUUCUAGGGCCGAUUUUUAAAUGCAUCGGCCUCCCAUUACGACUGUUUUUAAGGCCACGGAGAAGAUUAACCGGGUCUUCAUGGGUGACCUCUCCCGUUGAAGGUGUAGAAGUGUUAAACUGUUACUGGGAUCACAAAACAGUCCACGGAAGGCCCAGCAACUUCUACGAGAGGCUUUUCAAAGAGGCAAAGUGAGGUGCCGAUACGUUUAGGAAUACAGGCUUAGGAUGCCACAGACAGACAAUAACAGAAAAACCCACAGCACAAGGAUGUACGGUCACUGUGGGCACUCCGUCACAGCCACCAGGAGCCACAGGGCAGCAGGGCCAUCCCAGAGUGCCAGGCAGCCAGCAUGCCAGAGCUACACUGCACCCAGCCUGCAGGGAAUGGUUGGCUCUUUGGUGCCAGGUGUGUCAGGCCAGGGAAACAAACUGAAAGCCAGAGUGGAGUGUUAUAGGUGUGGAGUGUAGAGGAUGCCAAGGAGCAGCACCAGAGGCAGCAGUGGUGGUGGUGGUGGUUGUGGUGCCCUGAAGGCUGGGUGUACAAGAACCUGUUAUGUGUGUGUGUGUGUGUGUGUGUGUGUUAGGGGCUGACUAGGGUUAGUCUUCCUGUGGCACUCUAAGCACUGGUGAGGCGUGUGUGCUGCACCCUGCUCUGCUCCUGUGUUGCUGGCUGUUUGGCUGAGCUGCUGCUGCUGCUGCUGCCACUGCUACAUGUGUUGCUAGGAUGCAUGCCUCUUACUGUUACUUUUAAAGCAAGUAGUGUUCUGGCUGUAAGUUGUAGACCCUUGAAGGAUGCUGUCCUCAGCCUCCUUCAAGAAAGCUUUUAUGGUAAGUAUAGCCUACACUUUUGUAAGUAUCUGUCAGUAUUCCUGCAGGGUGUUUAGAGGUGUCCAUGCUUACUACCCCCUGCCAAGGCUUAGCAGUGGCAGUGCAGGCAUGUUGGCCACCCUGGCAUGGCGCUCGCCUGCAGGCUCACCAACACCACAUGCAGACUCUUUCAGCUCCACUCACAAGAAACAACGAAGAGCAACAGUUGUCAGCAAUUUUAUACUGAUGGUGGAGAGUGGCUGCGGCCCUGGCCCCAGGCCGUAAUGGCAGACUGCUGCUGGUGCUGCUGCUCAUGGUGGUGAUGGCCAUGAGCCAUCACUGAGGCCAGACCCCAAACCAACUCUUACUGCCCAGCCCGACACAAACCCUUGAUGUCAGCGCUGGGCUCACCGUGAGGUCAGCCUCCAACAGAACCUACUGAUGUCCAGCCAUGACACAAACCCUUGCUGUCAGCUGCUGGGCCUGCUGCGUGGUCAGCCCUAAAGCAGCACCUACUAAUGGUCACCCUGACAUAAACCCUUGAUGUCAGCUGCUGGGCCUGCUGUUAGGUCAGCCCCCAUGCAGUACCUACUGAAGCCCAACUAUGGCUGACCCUUGCUGUCAGCCGCUGGGCCUGCUGUGAGGUCAGCCCCUACUGAGGCCCGGCCGUGGCUGCCCCCUGCCACCGGCCGCUGGCUCCCUGUGCUCACAACACCUUCUGUCUCCUCGCUGUGUCCCCUAGCAGUGGUCCGCUGCUCAUUGUGGUUCCCUGUCACCCCCUCGCCUUCCCUGCUCAGUCCAAGAAACACUUUUAACGCUGGAUGGAUCAAUAACCGCUCCGAGACACACACAACGCAGCAAUACUGUUGGUGCCCUGCCCCAGCCUGCCCCCUGUACAUACCCUGGGUCACUGCUGCCUGUGUUUGUGUGAGUUAGGCAUGCCUUAAGGUGGCUCACUAGGCUUACAGAGCUUUGUGUGUGUGUGUGUGUGUGUGUGCGUGUGUCUGGGCAAGCAUGCAUGUGUUUGGCAGCCCAUAUGUGAGGGUGAGAACAAAGCAUAAGCUCUCUGCUAGCGCUGGGCUUGGCCUGCAAAGGUUUGGUUCAUUUAGUAUUACAGAAUUUAAUAAGAAUACCUCAAACCAUUUGUUUUUAAUUUGCUUGCUGAUGUUGGAUUAUAAUAUGUACACAUUAUUUCCGGCAAACAUACGCAAGUGUGUUUGCUGUUUGUGCAGACCAUUCCACUGACACAGACGUGACCUUGACUCUGUUUUGCACCUUUCCAAUACUAUUCUUCCCCUAACACUGCCGCUCUACCACUCCACCAGUCCAUCUUGUCACUUCCACACACAUGACUUGCCAGACUUAAAGGUUGCUUCAGUCACCAACAGGACAUUCAGUGUGUGUCGCACCCCAUCCCGGUGUUGGCUCACAGUCUCAUGUGUUCCUGUUCUUCAUGUUCCUUCCCAACAGUUGUCUUCUGCCUCUGGGAUUUGCCAGCUCACCACCUCCUACUUGUCAGUCAGACUCAGUACAACACACAGAGCACUAUAUCUUCUCCUUGACCAACCUCUACCAGUGAGGAGGCUGCACCGUGCCAGGAGGGCCGUGCAAUAUAUUUUAUUCUUCAAUGGAAACUCUACAGGACUUUGCUUGACUCUUCUGCUGCCCUGUGACCUCUUCACCUACACACUGUAAAUCCUCAUGUAAAAGUCAAGCUACUUGGAUUAUUUAUAACAGGCAAGUUUAGGGAAGCCGGUUAUACAUAAACACUACUUGUCUUGGGGGCUGAACCUUCCCCAACAGAACAUGUCAUAGCCAAAAGGUUGACGUGAGAUCGACUUUUACAUGAAAAUAUACAGCACACCUUUCUGUCGCAUCCGGGUCGGUAUUUUCAGACGCUUCCAGCUCUCGCAUCAACUGUUUGCAAAGGCCGAUAAGAUCAGUCGGACUGUAAUGAGUGUUUUUUGACAUUCAUGGUAGUAUACAGAAGAAGGGUCAAACUACCAUUGGGGUCACAAAACUACCCCUGGGAGUGCCCAAAACUCCUACGAAAGCCUUGUCAAAUGUGUGUGCUUGGGCCGUGAAAUAUUUAAGAACACGCCCUUGGAACCACCCACACCGUCAAAGGGAAGUGUUCAUCCUAUAAAGCAUUGCAGGAUGAGAGGAGGAGUCUGCCCACUGCACCCAACAGCUAUUCAGGUCCGGUGUUGUACUCUGGUGUGCUGCGCUUUGCCCUGUUUUUCCCUGCUGCAUUCCGCCUCUGCUGCUGUGCACUUUCAAUACUGUCACUGUGCCACCCAGCUCAGCCCAGCACUAUGUUUGUAGCUUAGACUGGUCCCUUGGCUGACCCUGCUGAGGCGUGAGGUGUGGGCCAUGGGCUGUGGAGGCGUCCCAGCACUUGCUCAAAACAUGGGAUCAGAACGGUGAACAAUAUUUUUCUUAGGGUAAAGGAGACAGGACAAAGACAAAGCAAAAUUAGUGAAAAAAGGACACCAAUGUAAAUAGGAGAGAAAAAGCUGCAGGACACUGACUAGAUUAACUUCGCAAGGUGUGUCACUCCCCUCUUGAAAGGAAGGAAAAUAUAGUGGGAAGACUGCUCGAGUGUUUACCAGUGAAUAGGAUGAAAGAGUGAAGAUACAAGGGAAAGAUAAAGUAGGAAAAGUGUCUGAAAGUUUACCAGUGAAAGGGAUGAGAGAGUGAAGAUACAAGGGAAAGAUAAAGUAGGAAAAGUGUCUGAAAGUUUACCAGUGAAAGGGAUGAGAGAGUGAAGAUACUGCUUAAGUCUUGCAUUAGGGAGUUGGUCAGCACAUAAACGGGCUUGAGUAGAAAGUCUUAUGCAGCGAGGCCAUGGGACGGGUGGAGGCAUGUAAUUAGCAUGUUCAGAAGAUAGAGUAACAAGAAAAAACAAUGUGAUAGCAAGGGAAGCAACACUAUGGCAGAGGUUAUAGAAUGUCAGCUUGAGGAGUGGUUGAAUAUGCUGGCAGUGCUAUAGUUGGGUGAUGCCUCAAGCUCUACAUAUUGGUUCAGCAUCCCACAUAUUAUUCCAAGCACAGUCAUCAUCCUUUGCUCACUGUGGAGGCACUGAGGACACUUGUAUUACUGAGGCAGGCUGGGUAGCUUGAGUGAUGGGUGUGUGUGUGUGUGUGUGUGCUGAAGACAAGCUACUCAAAACAUAUCAAAAAGUGGACCAAGUCUAAUAUACGUAUAGGCAAGGUAGCAAGUCUGUGAGGAAGGUGUGUGUGUGAAAGUCAAACUGUCUGGGAGAUUUUAGAAGGGCUGGUGAGGGUUGGAGAAGAUACAAGAGAAAACAUAUAAAAAAGUGGACCAAGUUUAAUACAUAAGCAAAGUAGCAAUUUUCUGGAGGGUGCGUGAAAGCCACAUAGAAGGUCAUGUAUUGGCUGGGAGAUGUUGGAGGGACUGAUGAGGGUUGAGGAAUAUACAAGAGAAAACAUAUAAAAAAGUGGACCAAGCUUAAUAUAUAGGCAAGUUAGCAAGUUUGUGAAGGGUGCAUGAAAGUCACUGAGAAGGUACUGGCUGAGAGAUACUGGAGGAGAUGAUGAGGGUUGAGGAGUGAACUUGAGAGGUGGCGAACACACACUCCUACACACAGUAUGGAGUGCAUCUUUACCUCGUCUCUGAGCUGAACACACACACACCUGAGGCGUCCGGAGGAGAAGGAGCGAAAGGGACAGACAUUUUCUUUCUAGUUUGCACUGGGAAAGUCAGGAUACACAUUGCAGGAAGAACAAGAAACAAGACGCUAUGGAAGAGCAACCAUGUAUUUGGUGUGCUGAGGGUUGCUUUUCCUUUGCAACUUAUAUCCUAGCCUGGAUGUGUCACCUGGCUUGCCUUUCCCAGUGCAGACUAGAAAAAAAUGUCUUUGUCCCAUCUGCUCCUUCUGCAGCCACUUCGCCUGUUCCACACUGUCUCUUAACACUGCCACCCCUAGCUUUGUGACCUGUUUUUCCUCAUGGAUGUCUUCUGCAGGAUUCUGACCCCAUGUUUUGCACAAGUGUGGCAGCACUGCCAAGGCUUAGCAGUGAGGUGUCCUGCAGGAUAUAACAGACUGUCUGGUGAGGUUGACGGACUGUCUGUUGUAGCAGUGACGGGAAUGUCUUCAUAUGACGGUCCAUGACUAGUCCCAACAUGACAACAUAUCAUACUGUGGUCUGUGAGUGUUUGACCUCAGGAAACACAGACUGUGUGUGCCUUGACUGUCAAGCUCAGACUCUGUGUGUGUGUGUGUGUGUGUGUUUGUGUGUGUGUAUCAGUGUAUAUGUGUGUAUACCACCACCUUUGUGUAUCAUGAACCCACAAACUGUACUUACAUUGUGUGAUGCCAGUGUCUUUGUAAUAAAUUGUUGUACCUAU